GAAAUCUUGAAUGUCGGGACGAGGACGUGGACGAUCGAAUGCUGGUAGUCGUGCCGGCGGUCGCACUGGCAGACGAGAAGGCGGUCACAAGCGUGAACAUGCUGAAGCCAGGAAAGAGGGAAAUGUCAUUGGAUUCCUGAACAAACCCCUGUCGGAACGAUUUGCGUCCUUGCAUGCAACGACGUCCGCCCCGGCAGUGAAGAAAUCUGUUGCCGCGUUGACCAAGCAUGUGGCUACACGCGUUCAAGCUGUUCAGAAGUCGAAACGCCAAACGAAUGUGAAUGCCCGUCGAGGCAUUGCGCCUCCACCUCCCGUCGUCCACAAGCCCGUGGUGGCAAAACAAAAAACGAAAUUGGCGCGGACGCCUGCACAUGUUCGAGGGGUCAGCAACACCCGCGGGCGAGGUGGACGAGGCGGUCGUGGAGGACGGGGAGGUCGCGGCCAACCCCCUUCCACGAACCCCCAAGACUUGGAUCUGGAUAUGGACACGUAUUGGCACGCGGGCGGCAAGGGUCCCGACCCGAAGCAGGCGCAGCUGGAUCGCCAAAUGGAUGAAUACUGGGCCGAGAAACCGGAGCGAGAGAUUCCCCCCGACUGGUCGUCCUAAUAACUACCCAUCCGUCGAUA